GAAUGGACAAACACAAUCUGACAGUAGUGAACGAAUUCAUUCUAAUGGGAAUCACGGACAUCCCUGAACUGCAAGCUCCAUUAUUUGGGUUCCUCCUCAUUGUAUACAUGUUGUCAGUGGUGGGUAACUUAGGCUUGAUCAUCCUCACAAAGAUAGAUUCUAGGCUUCAAACACCCAUGUACUUUUUCCUAAGGCAUCUGGCUUUCACUGAUCUUGGUUAUUCAACAGCAGUGGGACCCAAAAUGCUAGCAAACCUUGUUGUAGAUCAACAUAUAAUCUCCUAUAAUUGGUGUGCUACCCAACUCACUGUCUUCGGUAUAUUUAUCACUAGUGAAAUUUUCAUUCUGUCAGCAAUGGCCUAUGACCGCUAUGUGGCCAUCUGUAACCCGCUGCUCUAUACGAUCAUCAUGUCACAAAGAGCAUGUCAAGUUCUAGUGGCAAUACCUUAUCUCUACAGUGUCUUUUUGACUUUGCUGGCUGUCAUAAAAAUGUUUACCUCAUCAUUUUGUGGCUAUAACAUCAUCAAGUAUUUCUACUGUGAUACUCGGCCAUUGAUAUAUUUGCUCUGCUCAUACACAGAAGACAUUAAAUUGAUCAUUUUAAUCUUUUCAGCUUUUAAUUUGAUUUCAUCUCUUCUGAUAGUCCUUGUGUCUUACACUCUGAUCCUUGUCACUGUCCUCAAGAUGAAUUCUGCAGAAGGCAGGUACAAGGCCUUCUCCACCUGUGGAUCUCACCUGACAGUGAUAACUGUAUUUUACGGCACCCUCUUCUUUAUGUAUGUUCACCCCAAAUCCAGUCGUUCACUUGAUGUUGAUAAAAUGGCCUCUUUAUUUUAUACUUUGAUAAUACCUAUGUUGAAUCCAGUGAUCUACAGUUUGAGGAACAAAGAGGUAAAAAAUGCUCUAUGUAGAACCUGGAAAAUAUGUGCAAAUUAUCUAUUUAAAAUUCAUUGUAGGUUAUGAUAACAGUAAAUGAUGCGAUAACAAAUAUAUACACGAACCAAUAUUGCUUUACAUUUGUACUGUUACCUCCAUGUGACGAGCAAAAAUCAGAGUGUGAUAAGCACAGAAAUAGAUAAUUUCAUUAAUUACCUUUAAAUAAAAAUCUAUCA